GGUUACUUCUGUCCGUCAAGUUUGAAGUUUGGCCUUGAGUCAAAAUGUCAUGUUGAGUUAUUGAAAUGCAGUUUGGACUUGUUGGGACUCCAGGUUAUGCACUAUUAUUCUAAUACUUUCGUAUAACUAGAAAAACUUACCAGGUAAUCAGUUAUAGGGAAUACCAUGUCUUGUUUCUCAUAUCUCUUAAAUUUAAGAGAUUAGUAAAAUCAUCAGUUUCAGUUAACUAGGUAACUGAAGUAGAGCAAAUUAUGAUGUGACCAAGCGCUUAUUAAGAGAAUGGAUGCCAUUUAUUGAUUGGUAUAUCUUAUCACAUGAUGUAUUGGGAAACAAAUUUGAAUCUGAAGAUAAUUUACUUCCCCAUUGGUAGUAUAGCGAAGUAUACUCCGCUAAUCUAGAUUUCCUCCUCAAAUCAUGCGUUCUAUCCCCAUCUGUUGUAUUACCACUAAUACUGUCACUGUCUCUUUCUUGAAUUCGGCUUGACGGUCUCCUCCUUGCCAAUGAGGUGUAACAUUCUGAAUCGUUGCUCACGUGCCAGAUUCUGGGUAACUGACUGCUUAGUUAAUUUCCUUUCUACAUAAGGCAUUCACAGUGCCGCCAAUGCAAAGCGUUAUUGUCCAUCGUAACUAGGUCUUUUGCAGUUUAUUUUGGUAAGUGGACCAUAAAUCCAUCUUUGGUCUGUUAUCCCGAAGUAAUUUUUAUCCAUAUGAAUAAUUUACUUACCACAAUCAUGUGUGUGAUUUCAUAUCCACACUCGCAUUUGACUCGGCUUGCUUUUAUUUUCCGGGAUUCUUUUGAGUUUUGAAUCGUUUUCAUACUAUUCAACACCGGUCGCUGAACUGUGCUGAUGAAACAUUUCGUUUUUUUUUUAGGUUCAGAAAAUGCUUCCGAAUGAAUUUCUAGUUCUUUUAUAUGUGUUCUGUGCAGCUUCAUUCAUCAGUUUUUACGUUGGAGAUCAAUUCUUGAUUUUAUUGUGCUUUCAUUAUUCUUUGUGCAAAGUAUUCUCUCGACUUAGCAGCAAUAGUUUGUUGCUUGUGAUCACAUUAGGCACUAUACUUAUGGCUGAAAUAAUGGCUUUAAAAACUUUGUUGCCGUUCCUAUGGAGUGCUGCAGUCAAUUUGUUGUACAUGCUACUCAUUAAUUGCUUUCUCUGCCAUUAUUUAGUUUGGUCUGUGUUAGAGUUUUCUCUUGCUGGUAUUGAACAUGAGGUUCUUGAGAUCCCGACUUACAGUAGCUUACCAACAAUCUGCUGUCUACUGAUCACGAUGUUGGGCUUUGGUCAUUGGAAGAAACAUUUGACUUCACUAACAUGCUUUCUUGGUGUGCCUACUUUGUGGCUGUGCUCCAGAUAUAAACCGAAAAAACAACUUGAAGUCCUUUGGAAUUCAUUCAUGGAGGCAUGCAUCUUUGUUUUGCUAAACCUAUUCCCUGUAUUUAAUUAUACCAUAUGUUAUUUCUUUGAUGAAAGUGGUGGGUCACUUUUUAAAUUCAUGGUCGAGAUUCUGUUUUUAAUAACGACAACAAACCUGAUAUCAUCACACCUUCGUGUUCAAAGUCUGCUUACAGCUAAGGGUACUUUAAAUAAACAGAUUUCCCGUAUGGUUCUUCCUUUGUUCACUGGAAUUAUUUUAUUGAAUAUAAACACAGAAUUUUUUAACACUUUGUAUAAUGUACUCAGUUAUUUACCCAUAUUUACUGUACAUUUUCUAGUCUUUGUAAUCAUGGUUUCAGUCACAUUACUUAGAUACUAUCAUCAAACAACGAGAACACAACUGCUUCUGAAGUUCAUGUCAACAUUGCUAUUUGUUAUGAUCAUUGGAUUGUAUUGGAAUAACUUUUCGAAUGUGUUUAGAAUUUCUCGGCAGCCUUUCUGGAAGAAAAGAUAUAUAAAUCAUUUGUUUUGGAGUGGGAUUGUUUGUCUCAUAUUUUCCGUACUCACAUUGUUUGCCUAUGAAUACGGUAAUCAAGAAAUAUUUGAUAUAAUCUUUGGCGUUUCUUUGUGCAUUCUACAUUAUUCCGAAUGGUGUUUAUAUAUGACCACUAAUAUUUCUGAAUCCUGGCUGUACAAUUCUUGCAUAAUCACUGUUGUGUCAGUAUUACUGGCAGCUGCAUAUACUAACCGAAGACUUCUCAUGAAUAAUUCCAUUUUAAAUCGGAGUUCUUUAGUGAAAAUUUUCAGUUGGCACGUUUUUGCUCCUUGUUGUUUAGUUCCAGCUGUCUUAAAACUCCUUUUACUGUGGAUAAAUGAAUAUGUCGAUAAUUCUACUCAUCAUAACACAUUAAAUCAUCAUGUACAUUAUAAUAAAGAUUUUGUUCUGGGUUUAUAUCUGUUGCUUUUGGGAUUGUUUUGCAGCGAAAGAAUUUGUCAGCUUGAAAAACAAGUGGUUAAUCGCCUUUUGGAUUUUUAUCCAUUUUUGUCACCGAGUCGUAUUGCAAUUGAGUCAAUAGUGAUAGAGGGGUAUUUUCAUACUGCUAUCACUUUAGUCUGGCCCCAAGUGAUGUUACUUUCUAAUAUGGAUACUGAUCUAUUUCUCAAUUCAAAUAUUUAUAUACUUAUUCAAUUUUCUAUUUCAUGUCUGGUGACCAGUUUAGCUUUAAUUCUACCAUCCGUAUUGAAUUUAAAUCUAAUAAGCCGUGAAAUGUCUGGUUAUUCUCGUAAUUUUGCCAAAAUCGGUUUAUUACUUUUAACAAUAACUUUUAAUUCAAUUCAGCUUCAUCUCAGUUUGUUUGGUGCUGUUGUCUACGUCGUAACUAUUCCUACUUGUAUAUUAUGCAUAAUUUGGAUGAUAUGUUUAUUCAUAUAUUUAUUCUCUUAUGCAACAUUGGACUUAUAUCCUAUUAGUGUAUUUAUAUAUGCACUUCAGAAUGUAAUUUAUCCUGGCUUAUUCAUUCUGUCUGUUGCAUUCAUCUCUAUGAUAUCAAUAAAUGUAUUUCCUCCAGACCUGACUGUAUUUUUGCUUUUCUCCAUUUUUAUAUCGUGUAUGGUUUGUCUUGUAAUUUGGGAUAUUAAUGAUAGCUUAAUAACCGAUCAAAUUCGGUGUACGAUAACUAACUGCGAAUCUGAUAUGAUGAUGACUAUCUUCGAAAAAGACGACAAUAGCAGUUCAUUGAAAUCAUCGGAAAAAUUCUUAUCCGUUUCAUUGAACAAUCCAAGACGUAGUCAUGUAGUUGUAUGCAAUUCAUUUUGUGAAUUACUUAUAAGAUUAAUUUUGCUAACCUGUUCAUUAGUUAGUUUAUUAGUUUUAUUAAUAUAUCUUAUUCAUCGUUCGGAAGUAUCUAUGACUGAUAAUAUUUGUCAACUGUAUACAAUAUUCUCAUUGGAGAUAUUUUGUAUUGCUCAAAUCUCCGCUGGAUACCCUCAAAGAUGGCUGUGUGACAAGGUUCGAUGUCGGUCUAUUCAACUCAUUGACAAUAAUUCCAAUGAUGUUUUAGUAUUUAUUCUAACAUCUAUGGUCAACGUUUGUAUUAUAUUAUCAGUUAUCCUCCGUUAUCAGUUCUGUCCAAGUUUUUCUACUGAAAUAGAAAUAUUCUUUCUUCCAUGGAUCAUCUUCACUUUUCAUGGUAAACAACUUCAUCGAUAUCGUCAUGUUUUAGCAUUAACCUGCUUCACUAUUCUUUUAGUGUACAUGGUGUUUAUUCAUUCACCGAUUGUGAAAGGUUAUGCACCAUCUUUGCCAACAUUUGAUCGUCAAUUUUUCGGUAGAACAAAUUCACCAUUAUAUUAUUGGAGUGAAUUUUUAUUAACUAUUGCAUUAUGUCCAUUGCAUGUACUAUUUCUCGCAGAUCAGUCUAAUAUAACUACACAAGCUCUAGUUGAUAUACUUUUUUUUAAUCAAUUCAGCCAAUCGCAUACACAUAAACAACAUUCAACUACUUCAUUAUCAUCAAUUGUAUGCUUCAAAUGUGUAAAAUUUCAAAUAGCAUAUACUUUAAGUUAUAUCUUUUCAUGCAUCUUGUAUACAGCUUAUGGAUUAUUACCAUUCUGUAUAACUUAUUGGUUUGUAGCCAGUUCAUUGGCAUCGGCUAUUUUCGGUUUGUAUAGUUUUAUUAUUUGUUCUUAUUUAUUAAUUCGUGUAGAUAUUGUCACAGACUACUAUUCUUAUUAUUCGUACACAUAA